AACCUUUACCUAUUAUAACAGUAAACAAAAUUCUGUAUAAGUCACAUAUUCUUGUUGAUGGCAACAACAAAUUUGCUCUUCAGUAUUUUAUAUUUGUCUAAGCAAACAAGUUAUGGUAGAUAUCCAUAACAGAUGUUAGUAGUUAGCUGCGCUAGCUACAUAGCUAGUUAAAAGUAAAACCCAAUCUCUUUUUGCGUGAAGAAUAGCUCUUUUUUGCAUACAAGACCAAGAAAAAUUACAUCACAGGUUAUUGUUUUAGACACAUUAAAAACACAUAGCUAGCUACAGAAAAAUUUUAUUAUUCAUUAUUCGUUAUUUUUCCAAUUAAAAUUUGUGUCCAGUCGCCCAAAAAUGCCUGUAUAUAUGAGGGUGAUCUUAGAAAACGUUGAAUAAAAUUCUCGUUGAUUCUCUCAAACUUCUCGAUCUAAUUCUUGAACUUGCCUGAUUUAUUUCUGAAAUGCAAAACAGUGCUUUCACUCAGCCACAAAAGUACUUUUGAAGAAUUGCAGAAUUGUGUGAAUUUACUAUAUAUAGUGACACAUUUUCACCACUGACCUAUUUUCACCUUCGUUUGAGUUAAAAGCCAUGCCAUUUUAGCUUUUAUUGCUACGAAUAAAAACCACAUGAUUCUCUAUGACUCCUACUCUGAUGAGUUAGCUUUGAGCAAAAGACAAGACUUGGAAAUAUCCGAAAUUAGCUUAGCACAAGGGGUUUCGAAAUGUCUCGUCAAACAAUCAAAAGUGUGUUGGAGUUUGCAGAAGCAGUAGCACAGGCAAAGGCAAUGCCAUCUCAGGAUGAAGAAUGGAAAAUGGUUCUUGGUAUUUUCGAUGCCCAUAUAUCAAUUGGGCAAUGUUAUGUACCCGAAACAUUUAACUCUAAAGUACAAAAAUGGUUUGGAAAAAUAGAUGACAACUCUUCUGAAGAAGCAGUUUUGCGUGUUGAAAAGCAAACUGUUGUUCGAAUUGUCAAUAAAUGGACGUAUGAGCAAACCCUGUUUAACCCAUUGAGAGCUUCUAGGCCAAUGAACAAUCAGUUAGAGAUAAAAUCACACACUGAAGUUGCUGAUUCCUUGGAAGAAAUACCAGAAAAAUGUGAUUUUUGUUCGCCAUUGAGCUAUACUGCUGUCGAUUUGUGGGGAAGAAUUGAAAGAGAUACAUGCUUAACCGCAGGAAAUUGUGCAAAAUAUGAUGGAUUUCAUAGUCUCAUAGUAUUUAAAGAUCAUUCCCCACUUAAAUAUUGCAAGGAAAAGUUAAACGACAUCUUUAGCAUUUGCGAAGAGUGGUUUGACUGUGCGAAUGAGAGUAAUCCGAAAGCAAUAUUUCCAAUGUUCAGCUGGAAUUGCAAAGGUCGAGCCGGUGCAUCACAGAGCCACGGUCAUGCACAUUUAUUGCUUGCUGAGGAAUACCACUAUGGGCGAUGGGAAUUUUUUCGUCACUGCGCAAAGCAAUACAACAAUGCAACUGGUCAGAAUUAUUUUUUGGAUUUGAUUAAAAUCUCAAAAUUGAUGGGACUAGUUAAAAGUUUUGGUACAGCUCACAUAGUAACCAAUAUAACUCCCUCGUUUGGUUACGAUUUUUUCGUUAUUGGUUGGAAUUUUGAUAAAGAUUUCCGAGAUGCUAUGGAUAGUGCCAUAACUUCAUUAUUGGAUCGGUUUAAAUCGCUGACAUUUAACAUUGGAAUACAUUUUCCACCUUUAGAGAAAGGGAAAAUCAGAAAACGAUUAGAUGUGAGUACUUUGGACGAAAAACUUAAACUGCCGGACGGGCCAAUGCCAUUUAUUUGUUAUUUGGUUGAUCGAGGCGAUCCUAGUAAUGGUCAGUACACGUCUGAUGUUUGUGGAAUGAAGUUGUAUGGAAGUAAUAUUGUCUCGCGAGAUCCAUUUGAAAUAGGCAACACUUUGCAAAUACCUGAUAUAUUGUUGAAGUAGGGAAUGAGGAAGACAGUACUGAACACAAAGAAAUAACUUUAUUAUGUCGAAUAUUACAAAACAUGAUUAAAAAAAUACAAAAAAAUGUUUUUCAGAAUGACCAAUUGCUUCAAGCAAUCGUGGAGAACUCAACGUGGAAACAAACUUUUAAAUAAUUGCAUGAAAUGUAUUCAUACGUCACGCCACACUCCCGGGCAAACUUGUUACAAACUAAAUGGCUUACGUUACACUACACAAAACUAUUUCAGAUUACAUUCUCCAUCCAUGACGUAUAGAGAACGCUGGAUUUUUACUUCAGCGUGUGACCUGGGCGUUAAUAUUCGA